UCACAAAAGAAUCUGAAGAGAUCAGUCAAAUGUGAUUUGUGCAAUGUAGGAAGUAGAUUGUUACUAGCUAAAGGCAUCUUAAGAUCAAUGCUUUGCAAGUUCACUCUCUCGGGUGAUUACCAUGAGUUCUCAACCUGGGGCGGACAGCAUAAGAAUGAUCAAUAUGUGCAUAGGACAACCGCAGACACUCAGAAAAAGCCAAAAUAUAGGUUCUACUCGAAGAAAAGAUCAGCAGCAUCGGAUAAUUUUACUUGCCAUGAUGUUGAAGACAAUUUUUUGUCUUGUGAACAUCAUGGCUCAGUUCUGAUGAGCAUGUUUGAGACAUUUACGCUUCCUGAAUUCAGAAGCGUAGAGGAAUCUGUCGGAGAUCCCAUGUUUUCAACCUAUCUAAGGAAGCAAUUUGUGAACUUGGAUAUUGGCAAAACGGGACAUGUACGAAAUAACAAACCGCAGAUGGUCAGUACAACUAUUUGCCAAAGAGAGAAAAGGAUCCUGCAGACAAGAAAGCAGCUACAGUUGGGCUGUGCAGGAAAAGCAGAACAAUUCCAUGCACAUGAAGAACCCUUCCUUACAUCAGAAGAGUGGAGAAAUUCCAACGUACAAAAUUGGGAGAUACAAAUGGAGAUAGGAGAUGCUAUUAUGGAUGACAUUGUCAAAGAAACUAUUGUUUCAUUCUUGGGUUAAGCAUCAGUGUUCAUGAAAUGAAUAUUCCUCUUAAUGCUUGGUUUUCACAACCUGGCCAGUACUUAAAGCUACACCA